CCGAUUCGCACAUCCUCCUCCUUUACAAGCUACCAACUAACAAACCUCCUUGCCGCCGUGUCUUCUUCAAUGUUUUGACUUCCGGUCUUCCAGUAGUGCGACACUACCGAGUGCCAAGUCAUGGGCGCAGUGGAUGACUUACUCCCCGAGGGAAUAAGUCCCAGAGGUCUGGACUUUGCUCUUGCCGUGAUAUCUCUCCUGGCUUCCUACAUCCUCUUUCUCACCAACUACUCUGGGGCUCAGGAAAAGAGCAGCUCGUCAGCUCAAACGCAAGAACCACCACAAGUCACAGCAGCUGAGAAAGCACUACGACCAUCUGGCCCACAACGAGGCGCCUACCUCCUCCCCUCCUUCAUUCACCAUGCACGCAUGCUACCCAAGGACGCUACGCACAUCUUCCGCUAUCCCACCCUCUACCUCGCAAUCUCCCUCACCAGCCUUGAGCAAGGCAAGAGCAACACAGGCUGGGGCGGUCGACUCUUCCGGUGGAACGCUGGCGGGAAAAGAGGCGCUGCAGCCCUCACCGCUCUUGAAGCGGCGGACUACCUUGGUGCUGGGGACGAGACGAGCUGGCUUGCUAAGCUAGAGACCGAGCUCACUUCUCGCAGUUUUCUUCAUGAGGGAGCUCUGACAGGCGCAGAGACGCAUUUUGAAGUGUGGGCGACGACGAUGCCCAGCUUGAUGGGCAUACACGGCAUCAACCCACUGACGGUCUACUACCUCUAUCGGAAGGAGCAGAAUGGCCAAGAGGGGAAGAGGGACUUCUACAUGUGUUUGCUGGAGGUGCACAAUACCUUUUCGGAGAGGCAUCUGUACAUCCUGCCUGCCGGUGUUGGCGAAGAUGAGGAAGAAGCUAGCCCUACGCCAAAGCCGCACCAAGCUGAAAGUCAGCCAAAAGGCGAAGGGCUCUCGUGGCAAGUGAAUCGACGAAGGACCGACUACGACCAUCAGUGGACCUUUCCCCGCUCUUUCCAUGUCAGCCCCUUCAAUGAUCGUGGCGGCUACUACAGGCUGCACCUCAAGAGUCUCUGGAGCGAGGGUUCCGAUCUGCCCACGAUGGAUGUCCGACUCCUCCUGCUAGUUCCCGACGAGUCCGCCACUACUCAUGGCGGCCAGCCUGUACUGCACAAGAAGAUCCUCGCGACUCUCGAAUCUUUUUCUGCCACUUCGCCACGAGGACCUCUGCCUUUGACCGGCUCGAAUCUCUUCUUCUGCUUAGCCCGGCAGCCCUUCGACCUUCUCCUCACAUUCGUACGUAUCGUCUAUCAGGCGGCCAAGCUACACUAUGCCAAGAGGCUCGAUGUCUUUGGGAAGCCAGACAUGACUGUCGCGACUGCUGAAGGGGACGCAUUGAAGAAGACUGUGGUGGUACCAGAGAUGAAGGACUACGAUGGGCAAGGAUGGCCACUGCCGUCGAAUGCUACGCAGAUCGAACGAGUUUCUGGAGUUGGCAAAGUUGGUCCACAGAACAGCGGAGCAGAUGGAGACGAGGAUGGUGAUGCGACGAUGGAGGUGAAAGUUCCCAAGAAUGGAUCAAUCUACUGGCCUGCACCGACUGUCAUCGAUGAGGCUGCAAAAGAGCGGUUCCACGUCCUCGCGAGGGCGUCACCGUCUAUCUCUGUCCGAUUGGUAGGAUCAGACGGUAGUGUCGAGGCGAUGCUGUCCAAAGAAGCAGCAGUAGCAGCUGAGCAAAACAGCGACGGCGACCAUCAUUGCGACCCCUUUUCCGGCAAGCAACUUCCUGCAAGUCCUUCAAGCCCACUCCUUACAAUCUACCUAAUGUCCCCUGCCUUCUACUCCGACCUGCUCCUCUACCCCUCGGCGGACCUAGCACUCCUGCUCGGGUCCCGUGUGGGCAGACGCUGGGGUGUCAGUCAUCUGGAGCUCUUCCGAAAGUGGUUUUCUGACCUGGAGGAGAUGGCGAGAUGUGAAGAUACCGAAGGCAGGAAACAAGUCGGGGAGGAGGAAAAGCAGAACCAGAAGAGGAAGAGGAAGAGAGCAGAACAGCUUGCUACUGUGAGGAGAAAGCACUACAAGUGGGCUCAGGGGAUGGCUCUGCGAGCUUCCGGCGGCCCAGGUGACUCCUCCCUCAAGUCCUCUCAAAUCGUCCCAUCCCAACUCUCUCCGUCAUCCUCAUCCUCAUCUCCCCUGGAUCUCCUUUCCCCAACACCAACUCUCAAGCUCCUCCUCGUCCUCUACGCGCUACACUACACUUCUGUCCUCUCGGAACGCGUAUUCUGGCUACUGGGAGCGCGGUAUGAAAAGGGUACAGAGCCUUGGCUGGAGUGGAUGAGGGGGGAGGAGCUACUCCGGAAGGAAGAAGGAGAGGAAAAUCGGAGCAAGAAGCAAGAGGAGGAUCUGAAGCGCGUGGAGGAGCAACCGGCUGUUGCCGUCUGGUAGGAAGUCAGGUGUGAGGGCAGCUGACGCUGCUUGCACGACGCUUCUUUGGGCGAUCAUUCCAUGUGAUAUUGAAGGGUAUAGAUGUACAAUAGAUUUCUUCCAUCCAAGUCAUGCGUCAAUAC